AUGCAUGCGUUGACCUCCAGUUGUGCAUCACCGCGCAGGAAGCCCGCCUACGAGAGGCCGAAGCAGCAGGUGGGAGCCGACACACACUGCCGACAUCCAGACCCACGCAGAGACAUGUCCGGCUUUUUCCAGAUGCUGAGGAAGAGGAAGGAGCUGAUUCCUCUGAUUGGCUUCAUGGGUUUCGCAGCAACUUUUGCCACCUCAGCUGCCACCUACUUCUUACUAACUAAAAGUGAUGUAAUUUUAAACAAGUCCAGAAACCCUGAACCAUGGGAAAGAGUGGACCCUACUAAACCCCAAAAGCUUAUCACCAUCAACCAGCAGUGGAAACCGGUGGAGGGGCUGGAGGCCGUGAAGGCCCUCACCAAGUAAAACGGGCGAACAUCCAGCCCUCACCCCCCCCGCCCCAAACCCCAUCAGUCCAACAGAAUCCUUUCCGCACAAACUAGGACGCUUUGACACUCAGUGUGCGGAAAAGCUUCUGCUCAACUGGUGGGGCUUCAGCCUGCUCUGGCCCUCGACACAAGGCCUUCACCCCCACCGGCAGAGCAACAUGUGUCCGAAUAAAUGAGUUUAUUUGUGCAAAAUGGAGCCUGGGUUCUAAAGCUAAAGCUUUAUUUUUGACCGAGUAAGUUGUGGUUCCUUUAAGGGGGGAAGUUUGGGAUCCAAAGUGACCAAGAUGGGCUCCCUGUUGAUGUGAAUGUUCUUUAGUGUCUAAACCAGGAAGACACAUUAUAUUUUAAACAAUGUACUGUCAAUAAAUUAUUCUUGUUAACAUCC